AUGAGAAACUCUAACUCUGAGACGUCUAACCACUUGUUGAGAAUUGAAAGUCAUUUACUGAAAAAUGAGAGAGAAAUAGGGCAACUAAAGGAAGAAGUAAAUGAUAUUCAGUCUAGGUCCCAUGACAUCCUUAACAACUUGAGUAAGCUUUCAUCAUGCGACAGUCAUGACGCUGUUAAAAAUCUUGAAGAUCAGUUAGAUACACUCAAAGAGGAACUAAGGUAUGAAAAUAUUCUUCGCUCAAAGAUUGAGGAGGAAUUGCAAUCUUCUUUGAAUGAACUAAGGUUUUACCGGACAUCCACUGCAGAUGAUAUUGCAUACCAAGAAAAAAAUGAGCUAGAGUCGCUAUAUGAAAAUUUUAUCACCAAUUUUGUGAGUGAAUUAAGAGCGCAAAUACAUUCCUGCUUGUUAUCACCUUCUGACGGACAAAAAAUUACAAUAGGAAGCAGGCCUGAUAAAUAUAAAUGCAAUGGACAAGUUAUUGGUUCUAGUAAUCUACAAGAAAUAAUGAAUGAAUUUAAGCAACAGUACAAUGGAUCCCACCAGUUAAUUGAAGAUGCAUUACAUAAGGUGGCUGAAUUAAUAUCUUACGGUGAAAAAUUAACCAAGGAGCGUAAUGAAGCUGUAGAAUGUAAAGAAGUCGCUGAAAGUGAACUUGAACAGUUAAGACUUGUGAUUGACAAAUUAAUUGAAGAUUCUGGUCAGCGUACACGUGAAGAGGUUGAUAAAGUACGAGUGAAGGCCAAUGAGAAUAUUGAAAAAUUAUUGCAUGAAUUGCAUCAUAUGGAAAAGGAACGUUGUCAGUUAGCGGUUGAGUUGGAGUGUUUAAAAUCAAAUAGUAUUAGUAAUCCUGCAGAUGGAAUAAGUAAUCGAGAAUCAAAACUGGGCGACUCUCAAUUAGAUUCUGCUAGGAGACGUGCUAUUCAAGCCGAGAAACUAUGUGAUGAAUUAAAACUACAACUGGAAACAGAACGUAACUGUAAAGAACGACUGAUUGCAUCUAAACAAGCUGAAAUUGAGCAACUGAAUCAAAAGAUUAAAUCACUUGAGGAACGUUUAGAACAUGCUGAAACACAAUUUAAACAAAAUGAAGACCAUUACUUUAAACAAAAUAAAGCUUUAUUGGAUUCAGAAAUUCAACUUAAUGCCUUGAAACGACAACUUGAAUCUGUACAAAAAAGUGCUCAAUAUCAAAUUGAGUUAGCUAAACAAUCGAUGAAAGUAAAAGAAACUGAAUUAAACUUGAAAAUUGAAACACUUGAAAAAGUUAAUCAAAUCAGUGAUGAAAAAUGGCGCAAUUUACUAGAUAAACAGCAAAAAUUAUCAUUGCAGUGGCGAAAAGAAGCACAGGAGUUGGCUAAUCAACUUGAAGAACAAUGUAAUGCAUUUAAAGCACAAACAGAGAGAAAUCAUCAAAAAUAA